AUGGCUGCCGCCGCCGCCGCCGCCGCGCGCGCGCACCUGCCGCCACCACCGCCACCUGCUGCCGCCGCCGUACGCCACGCGCCUUAUGCCGCCGCAUACGCCGCCGCGCCACAGGCCGCCGCAGGGCACCACCUGCCAGCCGCGCGCCGCCGCGCGCGCGCGCCGCCGCCGCCACCGGCCGCACCGCACAGCGCUGCCGCCGCCAGCGCGCCGCCGCGCCGCCAGCCUGCACUGCCGCCGCGCCGCCGCCGCCGCGCGCCUGCCGCCGCCGCCGCCGCCAUAUCGCUGCCGCCAGCCGCCGCCGCCGUGCCGCCACCACCACCACCUGCCGCCGCCUGCCUGCCGAAGGGGCCGCCAGCGCCGCCGCCGCCACGCCUGCCUCGCCACGCCAGCCGCCGCCGCCGCCCGCCGCGCCGCCGAUUGCCCGCCGCCGCGCCACCACCUGCCCGCCGCACCGCCGCCGCGCCGCCGCCAGCGCCGCCGCCGCGCCCGCCGCUGCCGCGCCAGCCGCCGCCGCCUGCCUGCCUGCCGCCUGCCGCCGCCGCGCGCCGCGCCGCCGCCUGCCGCCAGCCGCCGCCUGCCGCGGAGCCGCCGCGCCGCCGCCACGCCAUGCCGCGCCGCCCGCCGCCGCCGCCGCCGCCACGCCGGCCACGCCGCACCACACAGCCUGCCCGCCCGCAGCCGCGCCGCGCAGCCGGCCGCAGCGCGCUGCGCCACACAGGCCUGCGCCGCCGCCGCAGGCCGCCGCCAGCCGCGCCGCCGCCGCCGCACCAUACGCCUGCCACACUUAGCCGGGCCAGCCGCACCACCGCCGCCGCGCGCCGCCGCGCCGCCGCGCGCGCCGCGCGCGCACCGCACCUGCCGCCACGUGCCGCCGCCGCGCCGCGCGCCGCCGCGCACCACAUACCUGCCUGCUGCUACCACUCCACUCCGCCGCCGCCGCCGAAUAUGGCCGUACGCCGCCGUGCGCCGCCGCCGCCAGCCGCUAGCCGCCUGAAGCGCGAGCAGGCACCGCCAUAUUUAUGCCGCCGCCGCCGCCGCCGCCGCCGCCGCCGCCGCCGGCGCCGCCACGCCGCCGCCACCACCUGCAGGUCGAAGGCUGCCGCCGCCGAGUUAUGCCGCCGCCGCCACAGGAACAGCCGCCGCCAUAACGCCGCUGCACCGCCGCCGCCGCCGCCGCCGCCGCGCCGCCGCCUGCCGCCGCCAGCCACACGCCGCCGCCUACCAUUAGCCACUGCCGCCGCCGCCGCCGCCGCCGCCGCCGCCGCCUCAGCCGCCUGGCCGCCUGCCGCCGCGCCAUUGCCACGCCGCCGCCGCCGCGCCGCCGCCGCCCGCCGCCGCCUGCCGCCUGCCGCCCGCCGCCGCCGCCGCCGCCGCCGCCGCCGCCGCCGCCAGCCACGCCAGCGCCGCCGCCUGCCGCCGCCGCCGCCGCCGCCGCCGCCGCCGCCGCCGCCGCCGCCGCCGCCGCCGCCGCCACGCGCCGCCGCACCGCCGCCGCCGCUGCGCCGCCGCCGCCACGCCACGCCGCCGCCGCCGCCGCUUAUCGCCGCCGCCGCCGCCGCCGCCGCCGCCGCGCCGCCGCACGCCACGCCGCCGCCGCACAGAAGGGCCGCCGCCGCCGCCAGCCGCCGCAUACCGCCGAAUACAGGCCGCCGCCAGGGUGCGCCGCCGCCGGGUGCGCGCCGCCGCCGCCGCCGCCGCCGCCGCCGGUAG